AUGAGAAAUAGGAUUAUUAUUACAUCUAAAAUAGAUGAUUUAAUUUCCAAUCUCAAAAAGACAGAUGAAUCUCAACCUCCAUAUUUUAGAAAGUUAUCUUUGAAUCCUGGUUCAUCUGUAGAGUCUCAAAUAAUAAGUCAUUUAAAAAUCAGAUUGGAUGAGGAUGCAUUGUAAACAAAGUUUGUAUAGGAUAAGACAAGAUCUCUGGCCAAUAAGAUAAAGCAAUUAUAAAAGUAAACAAAAUUGAAGAAAGUGUAAAUGCCUUAAGAGUAUGUCAGUUUUAUAAAUUCAAUCUAAGAAAAUCUGAUACAAUAGUAGGAAACCAAGAUCAAUAAGAUACUUAAGAGAUAAUAAUAAUAUGAGGAAUAGAAUAGGAGUUUUUAUUAAUUUCGAAUAAAGGCUUUGGAGAAACAAUAAUAAUAGAUUGAAUAGAAACAUACAGAAUUACCUAAAGAAUUUAAAUCAUUUUAUUAACCAAUAGAGGAAGCUUCAGUGAGUUUCAAUAAUAUGGAUUAGAGAAUUAAGCAAUAAUUGUUUAAUAGAGGAAAGAGGAAGUUUUUUAGUUUUUGGAAUAAUAAUACAAACACUCCUAAUAAUUAAGGAAAUACUCCAAAUCAAAUAAAUAGUGGACUAGAAAUGGUUGAAACAUAAUCUUUAUCCUUUUUUUAGAAAUAGAAAAGGAGAAUCUCCAUUCAAAAUGCCCCAACUAUUAAAAUCAACAAUGUUGGAUGA